GCAGCAGCGCCGCGGCUCCAGCACCACUCGCUCGCUCACUCGCUCGCCGAGCCCGCCGCACGCCGCCCGGCUCCGGGCUGCUCGCCGCUCCGGCUCCCGGCCCAGCGAUCGGGCGCGGCUCGGGCUCCGGAGGACAGGACUGCGCGCCGGGCCAGCCCAGCCCGGGGCCGGCUGUCGGAGCAGGGCCCGGGAUGGCGCGCUCCGUGGCGGGGCUCCUGCUCGUCUCCCUCCUGCCAGCCGCUCUCACCCUGAACCCCGAGGACCCCAACGUGUGCAGCCACUGGGAGAGCUACGCUGUGACCGUCCAGGAGUCAUAUGCACACCCCUUCGACCAGAUCUACUACACACGAUGCACAGACAUCCUCAACUGGUUCAAGUGCACCCGGCACCGGAUCAGCUAUAAGACGGCGUAUCGGCGGGGCCUGCGCACCAUGUACCGGCGGAGGUCCCAGUGCUGUCCUGGCUACUAUGAGAACGGGGACUUCUGCAUCCCCCUGUGUACAGAGGAGUGCGUGCAUGGCCGCUGUGUCUCCCCUGACACCUGCCACUGCGAGCCCGGCUGGGGAGGGCCCGACUGCUCCAGCGGCUGCGACAGCGACCACUGGGGCUCCCACUGCAGCAACCGGUGCCAGUGCCAGAACGGCGCCCUGUGCAACCCCAUCACCGGCGCGUGCGUGUGCGCCGCCGGCUUCCGCGGAUGGCGCUGCGAGGAGCUCUGCGCGCCCGGCACCCACGGCAAGGGCUGCCAGCUGCCGUGCCAGUGCCGCAACGGCGCCAGCUGCGACCCCCGCACGGGCGAGUGCCUUUGCGCGCCUGGCUACACCGGCGUCUACUGUGAAGAGCUGUGCCCUCCCGGGAGCCACGGGGCCCACUGUGAGCUGCGCUGCCCUUGCCAGAACGGGGGCACCUGCCACCACAUCACUGGUGAAUGUGCCUGCCCCCCAGGCUGGACGGGAGCUGUGUGUGCCCAGCCCUGCCCUCCAGGGACCUUCGGCCAGAACUGCAGCCAGGACUGCCCUUGCCACCACGGAGGGCAGUGUGACCAUGUGACUGGACAGUGCCACUGCACAGCCGGCUACAUGGGCGAUAGGUGCCAGGAGGAAUGUCCCUUGGGGACCUUCGGCUUCCAGUGCUCGCAGCGCUGUGAGUGCCACAACGGUGGCCAGUGCUCCCCCACCACUGGAGCCUGUGAGUGCGAGCCCGGCUACAAGGGCCCGCGCUGCCGGGAGCGGCUGUGCCCCGAGGGCCUGCACGGCCCGGGCUGCGCCUCGCCCUGCCCCUGUGACGCCGACAACACCGUCAGCUGUCACCCGGUGACUGGAGCUUGCACCUGCCAGCCAGGCUGGUCUGGCCACCACUGCAAUGAGUCCUGCCCUGCUGGCUACUACGGCGACGGCUGCCGGCUGCCCUGCACCUGUCAGAACGGUGCCGACUGCCACAGCGUCACUGGCAGCUGCACUUGUGCUCCGGGCUUCAUGGGAGAGGUCUGUGUGGUUCCCUGUGCGGCAGGCACCUACGGCCCCAACUGCUCGUCGGUCUGCAGCUGCAGCAACGGCGGCACCUGCUCCCCAGUCGAUGGCUCCUGCACCUGCAUGGAAGGCUGGCAGGGCCCGGACUGCACCCUGCCGUGUCCCAGUGGGACGUGGGGCCUGAACUGUAACGAGAGCUGCGCCUGUGCCAACGGGGCGGCCUGCAGCCCCACAGACGGCGCCUGCUCCUGCACCCCCGGCUGGCUGGGAGCCACCUGUGAACUGCCCUGCCCUGACGGCACGUUUGGGCUGAACUGCAGCGAACACUGUGACUGCAGCCAUGCUGACGGCUGUGACCCCGUCACCGGCCACUGCUGCUGCCUGGCGGGAUGGACAGGCGUCCGCUGUGACAGCACCUGCCCGCCUGGGCGCUGGGGUCCCAACUGCUCCGUCUCCUGCAGCUGUGAGAACGGCGGCUCCUGCUCGCCAGAGGACGGGAGCUGCGAGUGUGCCCCUGGCUUCCGAGGACCCCUGUGCCAGAGAAUCUGCCCCCCUGGGUUCUACGGCCAUGACUGUGCCCAGCCGUGCCCCCUCUGCGUGCACAGCAGUGGGCCCUGUCACCACGUCAGUGGCAUCUGUGAGUGCCUCCCAGGCUUCUCUGGAGCCCUCUGCAAUCAAGUGUGUGCCGGAGGGCGCUUUGGACAGGACUGCGCGCAGCUCUGCUCCUGUGCCAACAACGGGACCUGCAGCCCCAUCGACGGCUCCUGCCAGUGCUUCCCUGGCUGGAUCGGCAAGGACUGCUCCCAGGCUUGCCCAGCUGGAUUCUGGGGUCCCGCCUGCUUCCACACCUGCAGCUGUCACAACGGGGCGAGCUGCAGCGCCGAGGACGGGGCCUGCCACUGCACCCCGGGCUGGACCGGACUCUUCUGCACACAGCGCUGCCCGGCAGCGUUUUUUGGGAAGGACUGUGGGCGUGUGUGCCAGUGUCAGAACGGCGCCAGCUGUGACCACAUCAGCGGCAAGUGCACCUGCCGCACGGGCUUCACCGGACGACACUGUGAACAGAGAUGUGCACCAGGAAGCUUUGGCUACGGGUGUCAGCAGCUAUGUGAGUGCAUGAACAAUGCCACCUGUGACCACGUCACCGGCACCUGUUAUUGCACCCCGGGAUUCAAAGGAAUCAGGUGUGACCAAGCGGCCCUCAUGAUGGAGGAGCUGAAUCCCUACACCAAGAUCAGCCCGGCGCUGGGCGCGGAGCGGCACUCGGUGGGUGCGGUCACGGGCAUCAUCCUGCUGCUGUUCCUCAUCGUGGUGCUGCUGGGCCUGUUUGCCUGGCGCCGGCGCCGGCAGAAAGAAAAAGUGCGCGACCUGGCUCCCCGCGUCUCCUACACGCCCGCCAUGCGCAUGACCAGUACCGACUACUCCCUCUCAGAUUUGUCUCAAAGUAGCAGCCACGCCCAGUGCUUUUCCAAUUCCAGCUACCAAGCACUGGCGUGCGGGGGGCCUGCCACCAGCCAGGCCAGCACUCUGGACAGGAACAGCCCCACCAAGCUCAGUAACAAGUCCCUUGACAGAGACACGGCAGGCUGGACCCCCUACAGCUUUGUGAACGUGUUAGACUCCCAUUUCCAGAUCAGUGCCCUGGAGGCCAGGUACCCGCCCGAGGACUUCUACAUUGAACUUAGACACCUCAGCCGCCCCGCUGAGCCACACUCACCAGGUGUUUGUGGAAUGGACAGACGUCAGAACACAUAUAUUAUGGACAAAGGAUUCAAAGAUUACAUGAAAGAAUCCGUGUGCAGUUCUAGUACUUGUUCCUUGAAUAGCAGUGAAAACCCUUAUGCUACAAUUAAGGACCCGCCCAUCCUCACCUGCAAGCUUCCAGAAGGCAGCUAUGUAGAAAUGAAGUCGCCUAUGCACAGGGGGUCUCCGUACACAGAUGUGCCAUCCUUGUCGUCAUCUAAUAAAAAUAUAUAUGAUGUUGAGCCCACAGUCAGUGUGGUCCAAGAAGGCCGUGGUCCUAACUCCAGCUAUAUCCAGAAUCCAUACGACCUACCUAGGAACAGCCAGAUUCCUGGUAAUUCCGACCUCCUCCCUGUAAGACACAGCCCUGCCAAUGGGCCCUCCCAGGACAAGCGGUCUUAGAAGGGAUAAGCUUCUCUCCUGUAGUGUGCUCUGUUGAAAAUUCUGACUCUCUGGAAGAAGACAACCCCUUGAUUUGAAUUAUGGUACACACUGACUCCAGCUGCCUGUCAGUCACUACGUUCACCUGGAACUAAAGAAGAGCUUCCAAGUGGGUCUGGGGUAAAUGUGCGAGAAGUUCUGUUGCUACAGGCAAACCCUAUCACCCACACACCCUGCCCCAGCCCCAAAUGCCCUGGAUUAUACGAUUUUUAAAGCAUUUUAAGAUACAGCUUCUCAUCAACAUCAGCUCAAUAUAGCUAAAAACAUUUAUAUAGUUAUCUGAGACAUGAUGCUUAUAGAGCAUAGAGAGUAGGUUUUGCAAACCUUACUAGGAGGAAAAGGGAAUGGGAAUGGGAGAGAAUUACUUUAAGGAACUGGAAAUGUGUAUGCACUUCUGGUUGUUGUUACCAUCAACAUCUGUUUUAUUACGCAAGUUCACAGAAACACAGAAAUGACCUGUUAUAAUAUCCUGAAGUACUUGGCCAUAUAUGCCUGGUCCAUCAAAUUACAGUGGCUGAGACAACACAGCUCAGUGUUUUUAAAAAGGCAGCUUUAAUAAAUUCACAUGAACUUUCUCCCUUCUGCCCCACUGAUAGUACAAAACAAGCAGCAGAAGCAGCAGCUUUCAGUCUACACUGUGAUUUCUGGGCCAGCCUCACCAGAUCCGACGCCCAUGUCAUUCCAUGUGACACACAGCUGAGACGCUGCUUUAAGGAGGAGCCAUAUACUGACAAGAAUUAAGUAUCCCUAGAAAUGGCUAUUUGGUCUCCUCAACUUAUUUGGUUGAAAUUCCUUCGUUCACAAGAGUGCUUGCUGCCAAGUGGUUUUUCAUAAAUCUUAAGUUUGAUGUAGUGUGGAUCCUAGAAGUGCAGAGGGAAUUAGACAAAUAUAGAUACAGGAAGUUUAUAUUGCUGAAGUUACUUUAUAUGCUUUUUGACGGAACUAAAUGAAAUAAAUGAUCAAAGAAUGGACUAUAACCAGUUGCUGUCACAUGCUGUAAAAACUUAUAAACAGCAUAUGGGGACACGAUGUGCUUCUACUUAAAACCAACACCUACUGAGACGGCUAAGUAUGUAUUACAAUGAGUUUAUGCUCCAGAUCCUGGUAUUCAGAUGUCUAUACCUUCCAUUAUUCAUGAAUAUAAGCAAACUGAGACUUGGACAAGUCAAAAUGGAGCCAACUCCCAACUCCUGAAGAGGACCUCUUCAUAAGAAUUAUAACCAAAAAGGGCAAGCCAAGGAAGUUAACGGCUAUGCCUGUACUACUCCAUUCUCUGGUAACAGUCAAGUUAGAAAUAACACUUCCCCAAAAAAUGUAUGCAAUGCUCCACUACCGCUACAGGAAGUGUAGGAGUUCUGAAAUCCUGGAUGCAAACUGGAAGUCUGCCAUGGAACCCAUUAGUGUGUGCAAUUAUCAGCAAAAGCAAGAAAAUAAAUGAGUGAGCCCCUCCCCGCCCGACUCCAGCCGAGUUUACUGUUAGAGGAGAACAUACGAUCCUACAUGAAUGCUGCAUGUGUGCAUGGAAGCAAGUGCUCAGCAACGGGAAAUUUACUUUCCAAAAAUGCCUCAUUAAAAUAUAUUAGAAAGUUACUUCAUAGACCCAAGUAAAUAAUUCUCAAACAUAGAACAAAAUAUAGAUGAGAGACUUACCUCAGUAGUUCAGGGUAGCGAUUACUGAACCGUGUUUAUGAAACAUGGAUGAAGAAGCAUGGCGAAGUCAGAUGAGCAAGGAGCAGCUGCAUCUCAACUGCAGGUUUUAUCUUCUUCUCUUACUCUGCAUGUACAAUAACUGCUAGCUAGCAAACUGUGAACAAGCAGCAUUAUUUAAGUUUCCAGUUUACCUCUUUUUUGCCAACUAUCUUCUGGGCAAGGUAUUGAGCAAGAAGUGGAGCAGCCAAGGCACCGAAUCAAGAGAUUUCAGUGUUACCACAGUCAAUGACUUGCCCUCGCUGGGCACCUUCUGUCCCCAAGCAUAAACAAGGGAGAACCACUGAGGAGACAGGGAGCUCCGACAACCCUUCAGCUCUAGCCUUCUGAGACUUUUUAAACAAAGGUAACACAACUCCAAUCAGGCUACACAGAGGAGAAGGGACAGGCACAGGAUGUGAUUAAUCCAUGGUGACAACAGCUGCCUUCACAUAUCUAGGAGUUACCAGUAAGAGACAUUUCAAUCUUACAGAGUGUUAGAAAUUUCUGUCUAGCACUGUGACAAAUAGGUUCAUGGUCAGCCUAAAUAUGUGCACUGUGCAUUUUAUUGGCGACUUAGAAAGAUCUGUUAUUUUUCAGACACUAAAUGUUCAAAAAAACUCAUGUGCAUACAAUUCAAAAAAGAAAACACAAUUAUUGUACAGUAGCAUAAAUGAGACUAUGAAAUGGCAAUACUUUUUUAAACCACAGAUUUGUAAUAUAUUUGUUCACUGUGCAGAGGGAUUGUACCUUGUACAAAUAAAACAAAUUUCUCAAGCUAA